CGUUACUGUAUUCAAUAACACAUGUCAAGGUUAUAGGUAUUACAAAGUUUAUGUAUUGUGGAAAAUAAAAAGCCGGAAAACUUAGAAGUUAGUGAAUUUACUUAAAAAUUCUGGUUAAGUGAACGAAUGUUUCAUUUUAAACAAUAUAAAAAAAUGAAUAUUGCAUUUCAACAUACAACCAGAUUAAUAACGAGGCAUGUGAAAAGAAAACUGUUGCGAAAGUAUUCAACUGAAUCGUUAGUAGUUACCAAAGAAGUAGAGAGGGCAGGACUUAUUAUUCUCAAUAGACCUCACGUUUUAAAUGCUCUUAAUGAAAUAAUGAUCAAUGAAACAAUAGAACUACUUUCAAAAUGGGAAACUAAAAAAGAAUUUGUUGUUAUAAAAGGGAUAGAAUCUAGAGCAUUUUGUACUGGAGGAGACAUAUUAGAAUGCCUCAAGGCUAUUGAAAGGACUAAAAAUAUUAAUAUAUUAUAUAAAUAUAUAAAAAAAUUGAAUGAAAUAUUAUAUUUAUUAUUUACUUAUAAAAUACCAAUAAUUUCAAUAAUUGAUGGUAUAGCUUUUGGAGCAGGAGCAUCAAUGGCUGUUUUUUCAAAACAUCCAGUAGUUACAGAAAAUACUUUAUUAUCAAUGCCCGAGGUUAAAUUUGGUUUCCAUCCAAAUGCAGGAGGAUCAUACUUCCUAAAUAAACUUGAUAUACCUCUCCGUAAUUUCCUGGCAUUAACAGGACAUGUAUUGAAAGGAGCAGAUUUAAUUCACAUAGGAUACUCUAAAAACUUUUGCUACAGUAAAAAUAUAAAGAAAAUGGAAGAAGAUAUUCUAAAUUGCUCAGUUACAAAUGACCAGCAUUUUAAUAUUGAGAAAUAUUGCGAAAAAACUAUACCAGAAAGCUACGUAGCUACAUUAAUAGAUAAAAUUAAUAGAUGUUUUAAUGAAGAAACUGUUGAAGAUAUUAUUUCAAAGCUUAAAGAUGAUAACUCUCUUUGGUCUAAAGAAACGAGAAGAUUACUGGAGACUUAUUCACCUACAAGCUUAAAAGUUAUUCUUAGACAAAUGCAAAUAACCAGAAAUAUGAACUUGAGAGAUUGCUUAACAUUGGAAAGUAACUUAUCUCCUAAUUUUUACAGAUUCACGGACGUCUUGGAAGGAACCAAAGCUAUUAUUGUGGAUAAGACAUAUAAACCGAUGUGGAAUCCAUCGAAAUUAUCAGAUGUCACAGAAGAAUUAAUUCAAAAUCAUUUCAAAUCAAAUAACGAUAUAUCGCAUAAAGAAAUGUUGGAUAGAAGAGACACUCUGCAAAAUGAUUCGAAUAAUAAAUAAAUAUUUCGUUAUUA